CUGGUCAUUUUCCACCAUGUCAUAUCCUUCUGGAUGAAGGCAGCAGGGGCCAGGACAGGAAAUGGCAAAUUCUCAGAAUAAGACAAGGCUUUCCCAGGGCUGUCAUUGGCUCUCUGGAACUAUAAAGCUUGCUCAUCCAGAAACAGCCUCAGAUUCUUCUUUCCUGGAGAUAGCCAGAAGUGAAUGGACAUGGAGAGGCCGGCGGCCCGGGAGCUGCAGGGAGCGGAUGCUCUGCGACGCUUCCAGGGGCUGCUGCUGGACCGCCGCGGACGGCUGCACGGCCAGCUACUGCGUCUGCGCGAGGUGGCACGGCGCCUAGAGCGCCUACGUCGGCGCUCCCUGGCGGCCAACGUGGCCGGCAGCUCGCUGAGCGCGGCGGGCGCUGUGGCCGCCAUCGUGGGACUCUCGCUCAGCCCCGUCACCCUGGGGGUCUCGCUGCUGGCGUCGGCCGUGGGGCUUGGGGUGGCCACCGCCGGCGGGGCCGUCACCAUCACGUCCGACCUCGCCCUGAUCUUCUGCAACUCCCGGGAGCUGCGGCGCGUGCAGGAGAUCGCGGCCAUCUGCCAGGACCAGAUGCGCGAGAUGCUGAGCUGCCUCGACUUCUUCCGCCGCGGGCAGGGCGGCGGAGACCGCCAGCUGCUGCAGUGCGGGAGGAACGCGUCCAUCGCGCUCUACAACUCGGUAUACUUCAUCGUCUUCUUUGGUUCCCGCGGCUUCCUCGUGCCCAGGCGGGCCGAGGGGGCCACCAGGGUUAGCCAGGCCGUGCUAAAGGCCAAGAUUCAGAAACUGGCCGAGAGCCUGGAGUCCUGCACUCGGGCGCUGGACGAGCUCAGCGAGCAGCUGGAGUUCAGAGUCCAGCUCUACACGAAGAGCAGCCGCGGCCACGACCUCAAGAUCUCGGCUGACCGGCCCAGGGGGCAGUUUUUCUGAGAACAUCUUUUCCCAUCUAAUGACAGAAUCCUGAAAACCAUCCCCAUGGGAUGCUCCAUAUUUGUAUCUCCCUCAGGAAAACACCAAGUUGGGCUAGGAGCUGAAUGCAAAAGAUGAGAAAAACUAUUCGAUGAUGGGGUGAGGGGUGGGGGUGUGUUCUCCCAGCUCUUCUUUACCCAUCACUGACAUCCUGCCAGGGGCUGAGUGCUAGGGACUUUUACCUGCCUGAUCCUGGUGGGAUGUAUGACCUGAAAACUAUUUUACCUUUUAUCAUAACCGUUCAGUCUUCACGCCCUUGGGCACUCCUGAUUUAAAGUUGUUGCAACGUGCCUGUCCCUGCCUUGGCGCAACGUGCCUGUCCCUGCCUCGGCGGGUGAUUUGAGCCGAGGCUGGAGAGCAGUGCAGACAUCCCCACUCUCUGGGUCCUCUCCGAGCCCCACUAGGCUUUGAGGUCCUGAAAAACACCCGUGAGAAGAGACACUAGCUUUAAAACCUCUCUGGCAGAGUUUCUGAGUAUGAAGAACUCCAGAAUCUAGUGCUCAUCAGACUCUCUGAACUGUGUAGGAGGGUUCAGGACCCAAGGGACGCACCUCCGCUGAUAUGCUCCCCCUCCUCUCUCAGCGUACCCUGCUCACAGAUCCAACCUGGGGGUGGAGUGGACCUUCCUAGGUGACUUAUAGCCAGACCUCCAGGUGCUCUGAGAGGGGAAAUCCACUAAACCUUCACCUAAGUCCCGCCCCCUUGCGGAAGAAAAUGAAGGAAGAGAAAAUGGUUAACAGUUUCAUUUACUGACUUCAUG